AUACGUUUGUCAUUUCACCUUUUUUGUAAAUGCAUAGUCUUCGAUUGCUGCUUUACCACCGAUGUUUUGGAAGAUGAUGAUUACAAAGCCUACAUGGGAAGGAUAGUGAAUAACCUUCGUGAAUACUCCCCUGACGCUUCAUUCAUGGUAUUUAACUUCCGAGAGGGAGAGCAUCAAAGCCAGAUUGAUAACAUAUUGUCUGGGUAUGAUAUGACUGUGAUGGACUAUCCUAGUCAAUAUGAAAGUUGCCCAUUACUCACCAUGGAGAUGAUCCACCACUUCCUAAGAUCAAGUGAGAGUUGGCUUUCACUUGGGCAGCGGAAUAUACUCUUAAUGCAUUGUGAGAGUGGUGGGUGGCCAGUUUUGGCUUUCAUGCUCGCCGCUCUCUUCAUUUAUAGGAAGCAAUACAUUGGGGAACAGAAAACUCUGGACAUGGUAUAUAAGCAAGCACCUCGUGAGCUUUUGCAGCUAAUGUCGCCACUGAAUCCAUUACCUUCACAACUGAGGUACCUACAGUAUGUCUCAAGAAGGAAUGUGGGCUCAGUGUGGCCCCCACUUGAUCGGGCGGUUACAUUGGACUGCAUCAUUCUCAGAUUCAUUCCCAACAUGGAUGGAGAGGGAGGUUGCCGUCCGAUAUUUAGGAUAUAUGGACAAGAUCCUUUCAUGGCUGCAGAUCGGACUCCCAAAGUGCUGUUCUCAACACCAAAGAGGGGCAAAACUGUUCGUCAUUACAAGCAGACAGCUUGUGAACUAGUUAAAAUUGACAUCCAUUGCCAUAUUCAUAGUGAUGUUGUGCUCGAGUGCAUUAGCUUGGAUAAUGAUUUGGAAAAUGAGGCAAUGGUUUUUCGUGUCAUGUUCAACACUGCCUUCAUUAGAUCAAACAUUUUGAUGCUUAACCGUGAUGAAAUCGAUAUUUUAUGGAAUGCCAAGGAUCAGUUUAUGAAGGAUUUUAGAAUAGAGGUACUCUUUUCAGAAAUGGAUGCUGCACCUUCAUGUACUACGAUUGACUUGCCUGGUACUGAAGAGAAAGGUCUUCCGAUUGAAGCAUUUGCUAAAGUUCAAGAGAUGUUCAGUAAUGUGGAUUGGCUAGAUCCAAAAUUAAGUAUGCUUGAGCAAAUCAAUAUCAUCCAAGAGAAAUUGGAGUCCGGUUCUCCCCAGAUUGCUAAAAAGAUCAGUUUGUUGCAAGAAUCAAGUCCUGAAGAAGUAACAGAGAGACAAAAAUCUGAUGGGCUCCAGAAAAUUAAUGUUCUUCUAGAAAUAUUGGAGUCUAGCCCUGCUGCUACGCCAAAAAAGAUCAAGAACUGGAUCCUGAAAGAGUUUUAAUGGAGCCAAAAUCGGAGGAAUUAGAAAACAACUUCAAAUGUUCACCAUCAAUGGAUAUGGGUAAGAACCUUAUGCCCUCUUUGGAGGCAUCUGAGAUGAUGAGCUCAGUGGUGAAUAAGAUUGAGUCCCAAGAACUGAAGAUUGCUCUUAAGCUCCCCACUCACUCUAAGAAGAUUGAGCCUCAAGAGCUGAAGAUUACUCUUCAGCGCCCCACUCACACUUAGAUCAUAUCCCAGAGAGUACGUCAAACUUCUCUAUCAGCUCCAGCUUCAUAUUGCAAUUCCUUGCAAGGUUCACCUGUGUUGAAUUCCAGAUACCACAGUGCACCCUCAGCUCUAGGCAUUACAGCUCUGUUGCAAGAUCACACAGAGUCUGAA